GUAGGCGGUUGGGAGGCCGUUCUCAGCCGGUUCUGCAGGGGGCGGCUGCCGGGUGUGUGAAGCCUGUGUCCCAUCAGCAUGUCGCUGCCUCCGGAGAAGGCCACCGAGCUGAAGCAGCUCAUCCACCAGCAGCUGAACAAGAUGGAUGUCCACGGCAGAAUAAGAGAAAUCCUUGCUGAGACCAUACGUGAAGAAUUAGCACCUGAUCAACAACAGUUAUCAACAGAGGAUUUGAUCAAAGCCCUUAGACGUCGAGGAAUCAUUGAUGAUGUAAUGAAAGAACUUACUUUUGUUACUGACAAUGUUGAUCAAGAACUCCCUUCCUCUCCAAAACAGCCUGCUUGUUUUACUGAUCGACAAUCAACUUUGUUAAAAAAAACUAAUAUUGAUCCAACACGGAGGUAUCUUUACCUUCAGGUUUUGGGUGGAAAAGCUUUCUUGGAACAUCUGCAAGAACCUGAACCUUUACCUGGACAAGUUUGUUCGACCUUUACUUUAUGUUUGCAUUUUCGAAACCAACGGUUUCGUUCUAAACCUGUUCCAUGUGCCUGUGAACCAGAUUUUCGUGAUGGCUUUUUACUUGAAGUACACAGAGAAAGCUUAGGUGAUGGAACUAGAAUGGCUGACUCAACAACAAUGUUAUCAAUAAGUGAUCCAAUUCAUAUGGUGCUAAUCAAAACAGACAUAUUUGGUGAGACUACUUUAGUAGCAUCCUAUUUUCUCGAAUGGCGAUCAGUUUUGGGCUCAGAAAAUGGAGUGACCAAUCUUACUGUGGAACUUAUGGGUGUAGGCACAGAAUCAAAAGUUUCUGUGGGAAUUUUAAGUAUAAAACUUGAGAUGUACCCACCACUCAAUCAAACAUUAUCUCAAGAAGUGGUAAACACACAGCUUGCUUUGGAACGUCAGAAAACUGCAGAGAGAGAGCGAUUGUUUCUCGUAUAUGCUAAACAGUGGUGGAGAGAAUAUUUGCAAAUUCGACCCUCACACAACUCACGGCUGGUUAAGAUUUUUGCACAGGAUGAAAAUGGGGUAAAUAGACCUGUCUGUUCCUAUGUUAAACCACUUCGAGCUGGACGACUUCUGGAUACUCCAAGGCAAGCAGCAAGAUUUGUUAAUGUCCUUGGUUAUGAAAGAGCCCCCGUUAUUGGAGGAGGAGGUAAACAGGAACAGUGGUGCACUCUGCUGGCCUUUCUCUGUAGAAACAAGGGUGACUGUGAAGACCAUGCGAAUCUCUUGUGCAGCCUGCUUCUUGGCUAUGGACUGGAGGCCUUUGUCUGUGUGGGGACAAAGGCCAAAGGAGUACCUCAUGCCUGGGUGAUGACUUGUGGCACGGAUGGAACCAUCACUUUCUGGGAGAGUUUAACAGGACACAGGUACAUCCACAAACCUAUCAAUCCUGAUGAACCUCCACUUGCUGAACAGCCCAAACCGUUGUACCCAUAUCGAACAAUUGGUUGUGUUUUCAAUCAUCAGAUGUUCCUGGGAAAUUGUCAGCCCUCUGACUCAGUAGAAGUCUGUGUAUUUGAUCUGAAUGAUGAAUCCAAAUGGAAACCCAUGAGUGAAGAAGCAAUUAAAUCUGUGUGUGCUCCAGGAGCUACAACAUCACUUCCUCCCUUCCCACCUCUGUGUGAGUCCAUGAUAGACGCCUCAGGAACAAGCAAUGAAAUGGAAAUGCAACUUAGGCUUCUAGUGUCAGAGCACAGGAAGGAUCUUGGCCUCACUACUGUUUGGGAAGACCAGCUUUCCUAUCUUCUGUCGCCAGCUUUGGCUUCUUAUGAAUUUGAGCGUACGACAAGCAUAUCUGCAGGCAAUGAAGAAUUUCAAGAUGCCAUAAGGAGGGCUGUGCCUGAUGGUCAUACGUUUAAAGGGUUCCCAAUACAUUUUGUAUACAGAAAUGCGAGACGUGCAUUUGCUACCUGUCUUCGAUCUCCUUUCUGUGAAGAAAUAAUCUGUUGCCGUGGAGACCAAGUGCGACUGGCAGUUCGUGUCCGAGUGUUUACUUACCCCGAAUCUGCAUGUGCUGUGUGGAUCAUGUUUGCUUGUAAAUAUCGCUCGGUAUUAUAGGGCUAUUAUACACAUUGUCCACUACUAGCUGUUUAGAGUUUUCUUAGUUUAAAAUCACAAUCUGGCUUGGAUGUCAUAUUUCAAUUUUGUAUAUACCUGACUGAUAAUGUUUGCAAAAAUAAUGAUGUGUAUAUUUAAAAAUUAAGGAUGAAAAACUUGUAUAAAUCUGAGUGGGAUUUAGUAUAAAUUAAGUGUGUCUUCUGUUUUAAUAAAUACUACUUUGUUUAUGGGUAUUCAGUAGUUUAAAUAUGAAUAUAACUUUACUCAGUUAUCUUUACACUAAUAGUAAUCAGAAAGAUAUUUCUCUAAGGGUUUGAGCCAUAGUAAAAUCAAUAAUGAUAAUUAAUUUUCAUAGGUUUAAUAGGAUUAUUUUAUACAAAUAAAGAGAAAUUAACCUCAUAAUAGGUUUAUUUAUUACAUAGGUGAAAAUGCAUUUUGAUGGAUUAUGACAUGUGGUAUACCAGUGGCCCUAGGGAUAUUUGUGACUUUUUAGGGAUUUUUGGUAGUUUGAAGCAAGAGUAGGGAAAAAACUAAUACAGAAAAGCAUUUGUGUUAAUGACAAAACAAACCUCACAUGAAAGUACAUAAAUAAUUUGUAAAUAUCAGUUUUAUUCAUUAUAAAAAUGAGUUGGGUAUUUUAGAAAAAACUUUGUUGUACCCCUUUGUUAUGACAUUGGUAAAUUGUUUUCUAUAGUUCAUAUUGGCUGUCUGUUGCUGAUUUUCUGUAUUCAAAGGAUUCUUUACUCUUUCAUGGGUUCCACCUUCUUGAACCUCCCUCCCCCUUUUCUUUCACCAUGGUGAUAAAAGCAUCUGAGUAUAUGACUAAUGUUAAGUCAGAGAAUCAUUUUGUGAAGCCCCUGAAAACAAACAUAUGUGAGUGAUUCUAUGCUGAUAUUUAUCUUAAAAUUGAACAAGUUUUAAAAGUUAAUUUUAAAAGCAGAGCAAAAGUGAGCACUGGUAAAAUAUAGCAAUUUGACCUUUUGCAAGAAGCUACGUGGGAUAUAAGUGACAGGUUUGGUAGUCCAUUCGGCAUCUUGUACCUGGUUUCUUUUUUUCUAUUUUUUUUUGAUACAGUUUUAUUGAGGUAUAUUCACAUACCCUACAAUCUUCCACAGUGUACAGUAAGUUAUUCGCAGUGCCAUCAUAUAGUUGUGCAUUCAUCACCAGAAUCAAUUUUUGAACGUUUUCCUUAUUCCAGAAGAAAUAAAAAUAAAAGUGAAAAAGAACACCUAAAACAUUCCAUCCCCCAUCCCACCCUA